AUGGAAGAAUUGAAAAGAGGUUCGAGUUUCACGCAAAUUCCUUGGCAAACCCACCGUCCCAAUGCUAUUCUUCAAGAACUUUAUGGGGGAGACUAUAAACUCGAUGAAUCAGAUAAUACCUAUAUAAAGUACUAUGAAAUCAACGAUAAAAAAGCAAAAGGAGUAUCCUGUUUUGUGCCUUUGGAAACACCUCACAAUGUCCCUAGUGAAAGACUCAAUGGCUCAGAAAUCCCACGUUAUUUCCUUCCUGAAGGAUUAUAUCUCCCCGAAGGGUUUCCAUCAGGUGAUCAAGGUGGGUUACACUUCGUUAUUGCACCUACGAAGCGUAUGAAAAAAGAGCAGUAUGAACAAACGGUGAAAGAGUUAGAUUGGCAAUUGUGUACUAUCAAAGCUUCUGCGGAGAUGAACGAGUUAAUAUCUCGCGAUGAUGACUUGGAAGAUCUUCUUCAGCAUGAACCUCGUGCCUAUAUCGUGUUUUCUAUUCUCGCUCGUAUGAAUUCAAAUAUACCUACAACACAUGUAACGGAAUUGAUAUAUCUGGGUGACAUUUUGGGCGAACUUGAAGAUGCUUUUAAGUGGAAAAAAUCGGAGUUUUGUGCA